GUGAUUUACAAGAACAAAACAUUGAUCAAAUGCAAAAAAUUGAUCAAAUGCAAGAAAUUGAUCAAAUAAAAGAAGUUGACCAAAUUCCAGCAACAUUUAAUAAUAUGAAUGAUGUCUUAGAAGUGUGUAAUUGGCUAAUUAAGCAUCCACAUAUAUUAAAAUUAGCCAGCCAGAUGCAUAUAGCCUCUUUAUUACCAGUUACACAUGCAAGUGAAUUUGGUGAACCUUCUAAUUCCUUAGCUAUGAGUUCUGCAAAUACUAUUGAUAAUAGGAAUAAUGCUCAUUUAUGGGAUGAAGAGACCAAAUGUCUUUUCCUUCAAAUGAGAAAUCCUCCAUCAACAUGUAUCGAUGAAUUUAUUAAAAGGAUUUUUGGAUAUUUACUAUAUUCAAAUGAAGGAAAAGAAAUUGAAGCCAUAAUAAAGAAGGCUCUGGAAGGCAUAACUGUUACUUCAUUAUUAAAUAAAGAUAUAAAAAAAUUUAUUGAUGAAAAUGUGGUAUCAAAUCUCCUAAAGCAAUACAUUUCAGGAACUAAUAAAUCUGAACUUAAAAGAUGUAGAUUAUUGGAGAAAUUGGUACAUUUAAUUCGUGAAAUGUUUAGAAUUCAUUGGAGAGAAAAAAACAUUGUCCAAGUUAAAAACUUGGAUAAUAUAACUAAAAAUAUGCAUAUACCUUCUAAAAGUGGUCUAAACAUUGCUAGCAAACUUAAUAUUAAUUAA